UGAAAGGCAUCAAAAUGGCCGACUACGACCCAGAAAGAAAUGAUGAAAACAGUGACAAUAUCUUUGAAAUCUUGCAAAAACAAAACAUUGCUCAAGUGACAACCCAAGCAUUAGAAGGGAUUAAACACGAAAACACAAAUGGAAAUAUUCUAAAUGCAAAGAAAUCGAAAGUUUUUAGAAAUCUACCAGGUCUGCAGGUUGCACAUGUUGUGAAGGAAGAAACAAAUAACGAAGAGACAUCAUCAGAUCCAAAGAGACCGCGUUUAACUGGUCUUCCUGUUACAAAUACACCAGACACUUGUCCUAGUCCAGACACUGGUAAGAGGAGGAGGAUACAGCACGAUUACAGACGACUAUCUAACUCUGGGUACUUAGAUGAUUAUGUCAGUGGUAGGGAAAGGAGAUUCUCCUCAGCAAGUGAUAAUUCAGAUCUAAGUAUGUCACCAUCACCACCAAAAUUGAAGACACCUGUGUCACCAAGUAUAAAACUGGUUGCACCAAGUGAUUUGUCGCAGAAUAAAGUUGUAUGCCACAUGGUAAAAGAGCACAAGUUACCUGAUACAAAGAUGAAAGAAGAAAAAUCAGUAUCCAAUGGAAUUGACAAGGCUGAUGAUAAGAAGGAUUCUGUUGGCAAAUGUAAUGGGGGAGUCAGUUAUCAUGAUACUAAGCGAUCAGUGAAAGACGAAAGUCAAAUUAAAACCUCUAAAUCAGAUGAAAUUAAAACAGAAAAAGAAGGAGCUAGUGAUAAGAGUCCUGUCAAAAGUCAUAAAAAUGAAAGUUCUGUCAAAAAUGAAAGUCCUGUCAAAAAUGAAAGUCCUGUCAAAAAUGAAAGUCCUGUAAAGGAAAGAAGUAGUAAAACCCCAUCAAAGGAGGGGCAUCAUCACUCAAAGCACCACCAUAAACAUAAACAUAAACACAAGCACCAUAAUUCUCACGAUAGAACACCCGUCAAGCAAGAGGAAUCAAUCUCAAGACCGAAGAACUUUGAUAUAAGGAUGUCACCUGAUGUACGAAGUUCACCAGAUAUACACAACUCACCAUAUAAAACAGAGGAUGAUCCUAUAUCUCACAAUAGCAUAAGAAUCUUAGGGAAGAAAAGAAUCCUCAAUAAUUGUGGCAUUCAGGUUUGCCUUAAAAGAAGAACUGAAAAUAAAUGUAUACAGGUUUCUCUAAAAGGAUCAAAAGAUCAUCAGUCAUCAUCACAUUCCUCCUCAAAGUCAGAAAAACACCGUGAGAAAUCUAAGGAACAUCGAUCAUCUCGUGAGCCCGCAAUAGAUCAUAGAUCCUCUCAUGAGUCUUCAGGCACGAGUAAACAUCAUGAGAAAUCUAAAGACCACCACACAUCAUCUUCACAUUCUUCAUCAAGUAAACAUCAAGAGAAAUCAAACAAAUAUGGCAGCCAUUCAGCACCAAAGUCUGAAGAUAAAACUAAAGCUUUGGUGGAUCUCAUGCAAAAUAAGAACCUUGAAUCCAGUAAAGAUUACAGAUAUCGUAAAUUCAGAAGUACAAAAUACACUGAUGAGCCAUUUGCUAAUUCAAAAUUUCGUAAAUUGUUUCAUUUAGAAAAAUGUUCCAAUGGUGGUGGACUUGUUCUUCAUGUAUAUCAAGAUGAGCUUAGAAAUCUAACGGCCGAUGAAAUGACAAAAUUUGUGUCAGAAUAUUUUGAUUUCGUUUAUGGUGAAUAUCCAGAGGGAGUUGGGAACUGUGUCAUGGGUAUAGUUCAUAGGUCAGCAGUGAACAUGCCAGAUUUUAUUGAUUAUUUUUCGGAAAAGUUCCCCACUUUACACUGCCAAUCAGGACUAAUGGGUAAAUCUGACAUUGAAUCCACCACAAUCUCCAAAUAUCGUGAGAACAUGAUGAGUACAUAUAAAGAUGGUACUCAUCGCUCAGGUCCACUGAUGCAGAUAAGUGUAGUAGGAACAGUGCAUGAAGAAGUUGGGGAUUAUUUCCCAGACUUUUUGGACAUUGUUGAACAGAAUCCUUUUUUAAAAGCACUAAUGCCUUGGGGAGAGCGAUCUGUAGUGGCAGGUAUGGCAAGGAACUUAAGUAAUGAUGGUCCUAUAUUAUGGUCUCGACCUGGUGAACAGAUGGUUCCAACAGCUGAUAUGCCUAAAUCACCAUUUAAACGGAAAAGAGGAGCAAAUGAGUUGAAGAAUUUGUCAUAUCUACCUCGAGCUUCUGAGCCUCGUGAAGUAUUGGUUGAAGACAGGACACGGUGUCAUGCAGAUCAUGUAGGGCAGGGAUUUGACAGACUUACAACAGCCGCUGUUGGUGUGUUAAAGGCUGUUAAAAAAUCGGAUGACACAUGUUCGGAUAGAGUGGUAAAAGAUGUGAUUUGUUUUCAUCCUGGAGAUUUCCCUCAGCUUGUACAGAAGUUACAGCUUGACCUCCAUGAACCUCCUGUAUCUCAGUGCAUUACCUGGGUAGAAGAUGCAAAGUUAAAUCAGUUGCGGAGAGAAGGUAUGCGCUAUGCCAGAAUAUCUUUACGAGAUAAUGAUGUUUAUUUUAUUCCAAGAAAUGUAGUACAUCAAUUCAAAACUGUCUCUGCUGUUACAAGUAUUGCUUGGCAUACCAGACUGAAGAUAUAUUAUCCAGAAUUAGACACUGCUAUUGAGACAAAGAAUGAAGUUAAAUCUUCAACCAAAAGGGAGGUAAGCCACAUUACAAAAGAUGAAAAACAUGUGACAAAAGAUGAAAAGCAUGUACCAAAAGAUGAAAAACAUGCAACAAAAGACGAAAAACAUGCAACAAAAGAUGAAAAAAAAGUAUCAAAACAUGACAAAAGAAAGGAAGAAAAAUCUGUUGUUAAACAUGAUAAAAUAAAAGAGGAAAAGCAUUCAAAACAUGAAGAAAGAAAAAGAGAAGAAAAAUAUUCAUCUAAACAUGGAGAGAGAAAGAAAGAAGAAAAAAUAGCUGCUAAUCAAGUUGAAAAGAGUAAAGACAGUAAGACUGUUACAAUAUUAAAGGAUGACAGUAAACCUAUUGCAAUAUUAAAGGAGAGUAAAAGAGAAGAAAAGUUGUCUGAACAAAAGCAUAUCAUUAGAAAUCAGGAAACACAAAUUCAGCAAAAUGGAUGUGUAAAUAACCCUUUGGAUAUUGAAAAGGAUAGUAGAUAUACAGAAGUUGGUAUGAGUCAAGGUGGUGACCUUGACAGAUAUGUCAUAGAGGGGCCUGCAAAGGAUAGUAUAAAUACUGAAGUUCCUAUGAGUCUAGGUGGUGAUAGAUAUGUCAUAGAGGGGCCUGCAAUGGAAAGUAGAAAUACUGAAGUUCCUAUGAGUCUAGGUGGUGAUAGAUAUGUCAUAGAGGGGCCUGCAAAGGAUAGUAGAAAUACUGAAGUUCCUAUGAGUCUAGGUGGUGAUAGAUAUGUCAUAGAGGGGCCUGCAAAGGAUAGUAUAAAUACUGAAGUUGUUAUGAGUCAAGUUGGUGACAGAUAUGUCAUAGAGGGGCCUGAAAAGGAUAGUAUUAAUACUGAAGUUGGUAUGAGUCAAGAUGGUGACAUUGUUAGAUAUGUCAAAGAGGGGCCUGCAAAGGAUAGUUUAAAUACUGAAGUUCCUAUGAGUCAAGGUGGUGACAUUGAUAGAUAUGUCAAUGAGGGGCCAGCUAAGGAUAGUAGAAAUACUGAAGUUCCUAUGGGUCAAGGUGGUGACCUUGACAGAUAUGUCAUAGAGGGGCCUGAAAAGGAGAAACACAUAAUGGAAGUUGAAUCAUGUUCUGAACAAACUCUAGAAAAGGAUGAUUGUGAAAAAAAUAGUAAAAGUCAUGAAACAAGCACAACAUUAAUGAUCAAAGAGCAAGAUACUUUACAAAUUAGAGAGAAAGAAUUUGACAAUUUUGCUUUAGAUACUUGUGAUAUGGAAACCGAGGAGAAUGGAUCAGUAGUUCCUGUUGCAGCAGGUAUAGUUUUAUCAGAAGGAGUUUGUGAACAACUUUCUGUGAAUGAACUUGUGUCAGAUGGACAAAAAUCUGUAUCUCCAGUUACAGAAAUGCAAGUUGAACAAAUGGAAAAUAAAGAUUCAACUGAAAUCCUCAGAGAAACAAUAGCUUUGUCAAAAGAAAAUGGUCAACAGGACAGCGCCUUACCAGAAAAUCUUCCACAAGUGAUUACUGGUACUAUUCAAACAAAGCCUGUACGGAAAGAUAAACAAAACCUCUUUGAAAACCUUUUUGGCACACAACUAAAUGCAAAUAACCUCAUUUCAGAUGGCAGCAGCAAUACACAAGACAGUGUGCAAUACACACAGAAUUCAUAGUGUUUGUAAAUGCAUUGGAGUAUGGUCUCGAAAUUUAUUUAUUUAUUUUUAUAUUUGAAAUUAUUCAUUAACCUCAGAUCCUAACUUUAAACAUUGUGUACCUUUAAAUUUUUCAAAAUAUUCAGGUAGAUUUGAUUUUUUAUUUGAUUGACAUAAAACGUAACAGAUGUUGCUGCCAGAAAAGGAGAAAAUGUUAUAGAUAUAUAAAUUAAAAGUUAUGUAUGCAAAUUCUUAAGUGAUCACAGAAAUUGAUGGUUAUUUUAUGGAUUGAGUCUUAUUUAUACUAUCUGCUACUUAGAUCAUUUGGAUUUAUAAGGAUAGUUUGUUAUUUUUCAAAUGCAAAUUUCUGUGAUGUAUUAAUUUACAUGAAUAUAUUUAUACUGUAAUGAGGCUAGUGAAACAAAAGGUUGUGAAGAUCUGUCGGAAUAUUAAGAAAACUAAUUGUGGGAAAGACAAUUUAAUUAAACCUGUGUAACUCACAGGAAAAUUGUUUUGUUCAUCAUUACAGUUUGUACAAGAGCUUUAUAAUCACCAUUUAAAGUUAAAUGGGUAAAAUCAGAUUUUUAGAGGAGGAAAAAUAUAAAUCAAAAAACUGAACUAAGGGAAAAAUACUUAAGUUAUUCUGCAUUCAAAAUGUGAAGGAUUAGCCAAUUUCUUAACUAUAAAUCCUACUGAAUGUAAACAGCUUCCCUGAGUGAAAAUGCAGUUUGGAAACAGUGGCGGAUCCAGAAAUUUUCAAAAGUGGGGGCCCACUGACUGCCUAAGAGGGGGACCGCUCCGGUCAUGCUUCAGUGAUUCCCUAUAUAAUCAACCAAAUUUUUCCGAAAAAAAGGGGGCCGGGCUCCCUGGGCCCCCCCUAAAUCCGCCUCUGGGAAAAAUGAGGCCCUGAUUUUGAUAUGGUGUGUGAAAUUCAGAGUGAAACAGAUGAAAUGUUUCACAUGUUCCUGGGUUGACGAAAUUAAAUAUGUGCUCAUUAUAUGAUUAAAUUCUUGGGCACAAGAUUUGAUUAUAUUUGCAUCAUGUAUAUAUGUAUUCAUUUUUUUUUGUAACACAGCUAAAAUAAAUAGAUAAAUUCAUGAUAAAAUGUUGAAAAAAAUUAACUUUGAAAAACAAACAAAAUGGAAAUUUUGUUAAAUAGUUUUAUAUUUGAGGUCAUAAUUCCAUUUAAUCCUGAUUAUUUGACGAAUUAAAUUAAACAGGGUUCGUGCUAUUGUGUGACUAGGGUAAAGAAGUCACUUUUCCAUCUGCCACUUUGCUUUUCCCAUGCCAAUAGAGAUAUCUUAUUGCCUGAUGUUUCAACAGUCGCUUGCAUCAUCCGUAAUUUUAAGUUUUGAUGUAACAGCAAUUUUUCAAUUUUUUUUUUUAUUAUGUCUUUGGUUAAGAAAUUUUCAAAAUAGAGGAAUGAAUAUUAAAAAGAAAACUUACCCUGCUUGAAACCACGCUACCACCUACUCGUUUGUUAGACAGGGACUUUAACAAAUGGAAGGAGUAUAUAUAACUUAUAAAUUAUCAUUUAACAAGUCCCUUUUUAUGCCCCACCUAGGGGCAUUAUGUUUUUCGGUCUGUGUGUCCGUCCGUCUGUUCGUUCGUUCGUACGUCCGUCCAUAAAUCGCGCUUCAGGUUAAAGUUUUUGAUCAAGGUAGUUUUUGAUGAAGUUGAAGUCCAAUCAACUUGAAACUUAGUACACAUGUUCCCUAUGAUAUGAUCUUUCUAAUUUUAAUGCCAAAUUAGAGUUUUGACCCCAAUUUCACGGUCCACCGAACAUAGAAAAUUAUAGUGCGAGUGGGGCAUCAGUGUACUAUGGACACAUUCUUGUUCAUGUUAAAUUAUAUCAAAUAAAUGUUAAAUUUUAUAUAUGAAAACCAUAUUUAAAAAAAAAAAAUAAUCAUGUGCUGACCUGCAAAAUGAAUGUGUGCAAGUGUAGAUAAAGCUGCCACAAAUGUAAUGAGUUUUACAUGCAAAUGUAAUGCAUGAGGAUAUCAACUAUGUUUGAAAUGGAACAGUACGAAAUGAUUUUUUUUUAAUAUUUCCAUAUUUUAAUAUUUUUGUGAAUGUAUAUCUGUAUAUAGUACACGUUAUAUAGCAUUUUGAAGUGCUUUUAAUUUGAUCUGUGAAGACACAUUAUUUGUUAUAUUAAUUGUUAAAGUUGUUUUUAUGUUGAAUAUGUACAUGUUUACAUUGUAAAUACUUUCUUGUCACAUAAGUAAUCCAGGGCAAAUCAUGUCUUAAUGUAAUUCUACAGUGUGUUAUAAAUAGUACAGAUAGAUCAUGAAAAUCAAUUUUAUACAUUUUGUAAAUUUAUUCUUUCAGCUUUAAUUCUCAUUCUGCUCUGAAAAUAUACAUUUAAAAUAAUAUUUGUGAUUCAUACAGUAAAUUGAAAAUCUGGGGCCUUUCUGUCAGAGCUAAUCAUUUAUUUAUUUUUUUCAAUUUUCAAGCUUGAUUAAAUGAAAACAGGAAAAAUUAUUAUUUCAUAAACUCUUUGACUUUAAGAAAUUAAUUUUGCAAUAACUUUAAUAAUACAACAAUGUAUUAUGUAAGUAAAUUUAUGUUUGGUAAACAUUUUCAUUACAUAAAAAGAUGAGAAAGACCACAGUUUUGAAAACAAUUUUAUUUUAGAAUAAUAAUUUGGAAAAUAAGGCAUAAUGACAUCUUUUGUUUGGAGACUGGAAGCUUUUUCACAAAACAAUCUUACCACUAAAAUCAUGAAAAUUGGUUUAUUUAACCCUUCUAAAAAAAAAACAAGUUAUUUUUUAUGCUUGAAAUGUCAUUCUUACACAAAACAAUUUGUUUUGUUUUGCAAUGAAAUGUAUGGUUUAUUUUACACAACACUGCAAGUGUGGUAAUUGUUUUGUUUAUUUACUUAUUUUACAUGAAACUGCAUUCAAUGUAUUUGAGUUAGUGGUAUUACACCUCAGUAUAUAAGCUGAUGCUUUAUUUCAAGAUCAUUUGUGUAUUCCAAUAUAGAUAAACACAGAUAGGAUCAGCUGCAUAAUGUUAUGUUAAAAAAAUUGACAUGUAUGAUUCAAUUUAGAUUGGUCAAUUGUUUAAGUACUUCAUAAAAUGUUGGCAUUGUUUUAAACAAAAAAACCACAAAGAAGGGCAAGAUAUUUCAAUAAUUCUUGAAGGUUAUUUAAUUACUAUACCCUUUUUCCUAUUUUGCACAUACAUAUAAAAAAAAACUUUUUAAAUGGGUUUCUUAAUCUGAACUUUUAAAAGGUGUAACAUUAAAGAUUUCACUAUUUAUGAUUAAUUGGCAGCUUAAAAGAUACAUUGCAAGUUCUUCUUUAAUAAAAAAAAAUCCAAUGGUUCUAUUGGAAGCUGAGAUACAUGUACAUCCUGUUAGAUCAAUAAUCUUACAAAGUAUAUAAAUUCUUUACAACAUGUUCACCAGUUACCUAGACUUAACAAACUCUAGAGUAACAUCAUCAUAACAAAGUUGUUCUAACAUUUUGCAGUAGUUAGAUCAGUAAAACAAUGUCCACACAUUUGUCUUUAUAAUAUAAGAGAUUAUAUAAAACCUAGUCUUUGUUAUUGUACAGUAUUUGUUAUUUGUUAUCUUUGUAUAUAUUUCUCAUCUUAUUAUGUUACUUGAUUUCUGUACAUUAAAAUAUGUCAUUUCAAUUCUAUCAUUUUACUAUGUCACUUCAGUUCUAUGUCAACUGAUUAUGUCACUUCAAUUCUAUGUCAUUUUACUAUGUAGCUUCAAUUCUAUGUCAUUUUACUAUGUAGCUUCAAUUCUAUGUAAACUGAUUAUUCUACUUCAAUUCCAAGUCAACUGAUUAUGUCACUUCAAUUCUAUGUCAACUGAUUAUGUCACUUCAAUUCUGUGUCAUUUUACUAUGUCCUUUCAAUUUAAUGUGAACUGAUUAUGCUACUUCAAUUCUAUGUCAACUGAUUAUGUAACUUCAAUUCUUUGUCAACUGAUUAUGUCACUUCAAUUCUAUGAUUUCUGAUUAUGUUACUUCAAUUUUAUUUCAACUGAGUAUGUUACUUCAAUUUUAUGUCAACUGAUUAUGUCACCUUAAUUAUAUGUCAACUGAGUAUGUUACUUUAUUUCUAUGUACAUUUUUUUCAUUUCUUUCUCUUGCCAAAUCUGGUUUAGGGGUUAAGGCUAUAUAAAGCAGUAGAAAUAAUUAUCUUCUCAGAAACAGAGGAAUUACAGUACCUAACACUUAUAAAACAGUCACUUUCUCAUAUUCUCUUAAAUUAGAUACAAUAGUUUUAUUUCUAUGCCACUUUGAAUAAGAAAAUUGAUAUGAUGUUAUACUUGAAAAAAAUUCAUCACACAGAACCUUUUUCAAAACCCAUUUUCACUGCCAAAAAGAAAGCUAGUAUGAAAGAGUCAGACAUUUUAGAUUAACCCUAGAGAAUAGAUAGAUAUCUUUAUGCAUCAUGAUUUUAGACAAUAAUAUGCAUGCAAACAUUAAUGGGUCUAUUUAAUGGACUCCUCAAAAUCUAUUUUGAGACCUCAUUGGGCUUAUGAUGCUAUGAUACCAGAAAAAUUUGAUGCCAUAUUUGACAUUACACCAAUGAGGAACUGAGAAUAGCAAAAAACACAAAUUGACCCUAAAAUAAUCAACUUGUUGAGGAAAUAUAAAUGGCUUUACUAAUUAGACUAUUAUUGUUACUUUUUGCUUCAUUUUUCAUUUGAAAAAUUAGUGUCUGAGAAUUGGAUAGUUAAUUUUACUUGACCUUAUUCAGUUUUCAUACAUACCUUUUAUAUCAGUUGUUUUUUACGUGGGAAACUAAAGGAUAAGAGGAGUAAGGGCUGUAUUAUUGAAAUCUGGUAUAUUAAAUGACUACAUGUGUAUCAAAGUUUAGUCGAUAGAAAUAUUUUUCUAAAAUUGAAUUACCAAUAGUGCAUUUCAAUAAGUGUUUGGAUGCUUUUGGAUUAGAGAUUAUAUUGGUAACAAACAACAGCCAGUUAUAUAUUUUAGUUUUAAAGGAAACAUUUAAUGCAGAACGCAACCAAAUUAGAGAUUUUACCAGCAUGAGUAUAUUAAUAGAUUAUAGAUUAUAUUUUUUUCUUAUAUUGAAUCUUUUUUACAUGUAGUUUAACUGUUUAUAUUUCCUAAAACACAAUAUUGUUCUCAAGAAGGAAUUUUUGACAUUUUUAUCAGAAACCUAGUUAAAGCUCCAUUUUAGUAACUUUUGAAAUCAAUUAUUAUAGAAAUAUGAAUGUAUGUACACUUUGAGUCCCAUGUACCUUGGAAAGAAAUAUAUAUAAUAAAUAAAUAUGAUUAUGUAGUUACAUUCAAGUCAGGAAAAUAUGUUUUUCAAAAGAUCAACAAAUCUUUAAAAUUUAUAAGCAGCAACAUGCACAUUGAUAAUGACAUUAUCGUCUUUUCAAAAAUUCAAAUAAAUCAUGCAUGUUUAGGAUGAUAAAUCAUGUUUGCAAACAUUCCAUAUUUUUUGCUAUCAAAGUGUGAAUGAAAUAUUGAUGACAUAGAUGAGAAAAAUAAAGUGCAAGUAUGUUAUCCUGUUAGGUUUUGGUGCAGAAAUUUUAUGCAUAUCAUAUGACACACUGUAGAAUUUUAAAUUUCUAGAGGCUGUAACUGCAUGUACUGGUUUCUAAAACUUUAAAAUAGAUUAGUUCGGUGAUUGCUCAUUUCUUCAUAGAAAAUAAGCCCAUCUUUCCUAUUUAGUUGCGGUUCUCAGGAUUAGAUUUUUCACCAUUUCCUUUUCUGAUGUUAAUGAAGACAACACUUUAAUAGUUAGAAAAAGAUAAUAAUAGUAAGAAGCCUUCAACAAAUGGAUUUUGUUUUCUUCAUAUACAUAUUAUGUAUAUGAUAUUUUUUCAUUCAUUUGUAGUCGGAUAUUCGUCAAGCUCAAAUCUUAUUUGGUCAUAUUUUGUUUUCAAUUAUUUUUAUUUCCUAUUAAAUGUAGAUUCUCUCACCAUUUGACAUGUUAUAACAAAAUGUUCAGCUUUCUCUAUUGUAUAUGAGUGUCAUACUUACUUUUUAUACGACUGCAAAAAAAUUUUUGUGGUCGUAUAUUGGUAUGACGUCGUCGUCCGAAGACACAUUGGUUUUCGCACUCUAACUUUAGUUUAAGUGAAUGGAUCUCUAUGAAAUUUUACCACAAGGUUCAAUACCACAAAAGGAAGGUUGGGAUUGAUUUUAAGGGUUAUGGUACCAACAGUUAAGGAAUUAGGGGCCAAAAAUAAGCAUUUUUGUAACUUCCAGACAUAACUUGUGUGUUAGUGUAUGGAUCUCUCUGACAUUGUACCACAAGGUACCAUACCACUAAAGGAAAGGCUGUGAUUGAUUUUGGGGGUAAUUGCCUCAAAAUUUUAGAAUUAGGGGCCAAAAAGGGGCAAAAAAACAAGCAUUUUUCUAGUUUCAGGAUAAUAACUUGUGUGUAAGUGUAUGGAUCUUUCUGAAAUUGUACUACAAGGUUCCAUAUCACAAAGGGAAAGCUGGAAUUGAGUUUGGGGGUAAUUGCCCAAAACGUUUAGGAAUAAGGGGCCAAAAGGGGGCCAAAAAUAAGCAUUUUUUCUAGUUUCCAGACAAUAACUUGUGUUAAAGUGUAUGGAUCUCUCUGAAAUUGUACUGCAAGGUACCAUACCACUAAAGGAAAGGCUGGGAUUGAUUUUGGGGGUAAUUGCCUCAAAAUUUUAGGAAUUAGGGCCCAAAAAGGGGAAAAAAACAAGCAUUUUUCUAGUUUCAGGACCAUAACUUGUGUGCAAGUGUAUGGAUCUUUCUGAAAUUGUACUACAAUGUUCCAUAUCACAAAGGGAAAGCUGGAAUUGAGUUUGGGGGUAAUUGCCCAAAACGUUUAGGAAUAAGGGGCCAAAAAUAAGCAUUUUUCUAGUUUCCAGACAAUAACUUGUGUUCAAGUGUAUGGAUCUCUCUGAAAUUGUACUGCAAGGUACCAUACCACUAAAGGAAAGGCUGGGAUUGAUUUUGGGGGUAAUUGCCUCAAAAUUUUAGGAAUUAGGGGCCAAAAAGGGAAAAAAAAACAAGCAUUUUUCUAGUUUCAGGACCAUAACUUGUGUGUAAGUGUAUGGAUCUUUCUGAAAUUGUACUACAAGGUUCCAUAUCACAAAGGGAAAGCUGGAAUUGAGUUUGGGGGUAAUUGCCCAAAACGUUUAGGAAUAAGGGGCCAAAAGGGGGCCAAAAAUAAGCAUUUUUUCUAGUUUCCAGACAAUAACUUGUGUUCAAGUGUAUGAAUCUCUCUGAAAUUGUACUGCAAGGUACCAUACCACUAAAGGAAAGGCUGGGAUUAAUUUUGGGGGUAAUUGCCUCAAAAUUUUAGGAAUUAGGGCCCAAAAAGGGGAAAAAAACAAGCAUUUUUCUAGUUUCAGGACCAUAACUUGUGUGCAAGUGUAUGGAUCUUUCUGAAAUUGUACUACAAGGUUCCAUAUCACAAAGGGAAAGCUGGAAUUGAGUUUGGGGGUAAUUGCCCAAAACGUUUAGGAAUAAGGGGCCAAAAAUAAGCAUUUUUCUAGUUUCCAGACAAUAACUUGUGUUCAAGUGUAUGGAUCUCUCUGAAAUUGUACUGCAAGGUACCAUACCACUAAAGGAAAGGCUGGGAUUGAUUUUGGGGGUAAUUGCCUCAAAAUUUUAGGAAUUGGGGGCAAAAAAGGGGGAAAAAAACAAGCAUUUUUCUAGUUUCAGGACCAUAACUUGUGUGUAAGUGUAUGGAUCUUUCUGAAAUUGUACUACAAGGUUCCAUAUCACAAAGGGAAAGCUGGAAUUGAGUUUGGGGGUAAUUGCCCAAAACGUUUAGGGAUAAGGGGCCAAAAGGGGGCCAAAAAUAAGCAUUUUUCUAGUUUCCAGACAAUAACUUGUGUUCAAGUGUAUGAAUCUCUCUGAAAUUGUAGUGCAAGGUACUAUACCACAAAGGGAAGGCUGGGAUUGAUUUUGGGGGUAAUUUCCUCAAAAUUUUAGGAAUAAGGGGCCAAAAAGGGGCAAAAAAACAAGCAUUUUUCUAGUUCAGGACAAUAACUUGUGUGUUAGUGUAUGGAUCUUUAUGAAAUUGUACAACAAGGUUCCAUAAUACAAAGGGAAAGCUGGGUUAGAGUUUGGGGUAAUUGCCCUAAACGUUUAGGAAUUUGGGGCCAAAAAGGGGCAAAAAAACGCAUUUUUCUAGAUUCCAGACAAUAACUUGUGUUCAAGUGUAUGGAUCUCUCUGAAAUUGUACUGCAAGGCACCAUACAUUGUAACACAAAGGGAAGGCUGGGAUUGAGUUUUGGGGUGAUGAAUCAUAAGGGGGUUCAAAAAAUUUGAGGGGGGAUUUUCUUUUUUUUUUUUUUCUUUAAAAUUUUCCAUUUUAAAUUGGUUACUUCUGAUUUAUAUAUAAAAGCAAAUAAUAAUGAUAUGGUUUGAAUAGGUAAAUUAAAUUUUUUUUAAGUUCUUAGACCACAUGUGUCAAAAACCUAUGCUGUGUCAAAUAUUUAAUCACAAUCCAAAUUCAGUGCUGUAUCAAGCUUGAAUGUUGUGUCCAUACUUGCCCUAACAGUUCAGGGUUCGACCUCUGCGGUCGUAUCAAGCUGCGCCCAGCGGAGCAUUUUAUCUAACUAGGUAUUUAAAAUAUGCCAUUGAAAAAGUUGGUUGUCUGUUGCAUGAGAAUUUUCUACAUAUCAGUUCGAAGUAGAAAAAAACAACCUGUAAUCUCUGUUUAGGCUCCAUUUUAAUGUUUUCUAAUUAAGCAGGUGUAUGACCAUAUAUAUUUGGUAUACCGUUUCAUAAGGAUCCUGGCAUCUCAAUUGUAAGCUAUUUAUGUGUCAGCACCACCUCUAUCAUACUUUAUUGACUUUUCUUUCAAAUUUUGUUUAUAAAAUUUUUAACGGUAGACCUUAGCUAAUUUAAAACUGUUAUCUUAAUCUCAUUUUUUUUUAUAAAUAUUGCAGCCUAACUCUGUCAUAUUCAGUUACAUCUGCUGUGUUUUCAUGCCCAUGGUUCAGUUGGAAGUUUUCUGAUAGACGAGGAAACACAGUCCAUUAAAUACUUGUAAAUUUUGCUACAAAGUAGGUGGGACAUGUCUGUAAACAGUUUUAUUGAUUUAAUACUUUAAAGUUUUAUAGUUUUUAGUAGAAUUACCAAGAUUUUCUGUAUGUGCCUGAAUCAUGGGAACAUUAAGGUGGUAGAAAAUUAAAAUAUUACCAAAUACCAAGAUCAACUAUAGACUGUUUGAUUUUAUAUAGGUUAUUUGAUAAAAAUCUGGCUAAAACUUUAGCUUUAAUAUAUUUACUGAAAUAUGAUAUGGCAGCUUUGAAGUCUUUGUAUUUUCUUCAUUUCCAAUAUUAGUAUGAUUUGUGUUUAUUUGUUCCUGCACUAUUCUGAUAAUUAUUUAGUUUAUUGGAAAUCUAUGUCUAAUAUCUGUCAUCACAUUGUGUCUACUUUUCAUUAGUGAGAACAUUUCAUACAUUCAGCACCAUGCAGCCCAUCUAAAAACAAGCUAAAAUGAAAGUGUUGCUUUGCAGGUCUUCUGUCAAAUGUUUGAUUUAUAUAUUUUUAGAUAAAGUUCAGGUAAAGAAACAAAAUUGGACACAAGGGUAUGCUGUGGUUGUCUUAAGAACUCAUUAAAAAUAAAAUGUAAAUAGACAACAACAUCUAGGAUCUAAUUUGGGUUUCAUUCCAGUUGAUCAAUUUUUUGACAGAAUUGCUGCCCUUGGACCUAGAUGUACUGACCCAGACUUUUUACUGUUAUGCCUGCAUUUGUUGGAGCUACAUAAGGGUAUAAUGAUGACUGACAGAUAAACUCCAUGUUUUUUUCAUGUUGACCGUAUUUUUGGCAGAACGUAUCUCCAACCCUAAAUGUAAAUGAAUGCUAUUAGAUACUAUUAAUAGUUCUUUAAUGGGCUGGAUGAUGCUAAAGGUGUGGGAUAAGCUUGAUAAGGUUAUACAGUAGUCAUUCAUUGAAGACAUUGAUAGUACCUGACUGAUACCCUUUCUUUCAAGCUUUUAGUUUAAUAUGCAUAUACUGUAUAGUAGAAUCAGAUUACAUUUUAGCAGUAGAGUCACUUUAGUUAGAUUUUGGAGUUCUGAAACAUUACAUUAAUAAUCUAAUGGCAGUUUUCCUUUUGUGUCUGUAUCAUUUUUCCAGUUUUAAUGUUGUUAAGUCUAGUGCUAAUAACAUAACUAAUUACGAGUUAGAUUUCUGGACAACUAGAUGAUUUUUCUAACAUUCAUGUUUUUUCUUGUCUUUACAAUUAACAUCCUGUUGAGUUUUGUUUUAUACAAAUAUCUAUUUAUGUAUAAUACUGAUCUGUUAAGUGUGCUUGUAGAUAUUGAUGAAAUAUAGAACAUUCAUAUAAUA